GAAAGAGAGAGAAAGAGAGAGAGAGAGAGAGAGAUGGAGAAAUUUGCAGAGCUGAGAGAAGUAGUGGAAGGUGUGGAGGUAGUAGACGCACACGCUCACAAUCUGGUGGCUCUGGACUCCACUCUUCCUUUCCUCCAAUGCUUUUCUGAAGCCUACGGCGAUGCUUUAUUGCUCGCACCCCACGCUCUCAACUUCAAGAGAGGUAUAAGGGAUAUUGCUGAACUGUAUGGAUCUGAGUUAUCCUUGGAUGGCAUUCAAAAAUACCGCAAGGGCAAUGGAUUGCAAUCCAUAAGCUCAAUAUGCUUCAAGGCUGCAAGAAUCGCUGCAAUACUCAUUGAUGAUGGAAUUGAGUUUGACAAAAUGCAUGACAUUGAAUGGCAUAGGAAUUUUGCACCGGUGGUUGGUAGAAUAUUGAGAAUUGAGCAUCUGGCUGAGAAGAUUCUUGAUGAAGGGAGGCCAGAUGGAUCUACCUGGACAUUGGACAGUUUCACUGAAACAUUUAUCGGAAAGUUGAAGUCAGUUGCUAAUAAAAUUGUUGGCUUGAAAAGCAUAGCUGCAUACUGCAGUGGUCUUGAGAUUAAUACAAAUGUCACAAGGAAGGAGGCUCAAGCGGGUCUUGUUGAAGUUUUAAAUGCUGGGAGCCCCGUUCGUAUCACAAAUAAAAACUUCAUUGACUAUCUCUUCGUGCAGAGUUUGGAGGUUGCCAUACAAUAUGAUUUGCCAAUGCAGAUACACACUGGUUUUGGAGAUAAAGAUUUGGAUUUAAGGCUCUCCAAUCCCUUGCAUCUCCGCACCCUUCUUGAGGACAAGAGAUUCUCUAAGUGCCGCUUAGUACUUUUACAUGCAUCAUACCCAUUUUCAAAGGAAGCAUCAUAUCUAGCCUCCAUUUAUUCUCAGGUUUACCUUGAUUUUGGUUUGGCUGUUCCAAAGCUUAGUGUUCAUGGGAUGAUAUCAUCUGUCAAAGAACUUCUGGAGCUAGCUCCAAUAAAGAAGGUGAUGUUCAGCACUGAUGGUUAUGCAUUUCCAGAGACUUUUUACUUAGGUGCAAAGAGAGCACGUGAAGUUGUCUUCUCUGUUCUAUGUGAUGCAUGUAUUGAUGGUGAUCUUUCCAUUCCUGAAGCCAUUGAAGCAGCCAAAGACAUAUUUUCAGAGAAUGCAAAAAAGUUUUACAAGAUUAAUUUAUAUCUCAAACCUUUUGAUUCUAAAAUCAAUGAAGUUUGCAAAGUUGUGAAGAUGGAGACUGAUACCGUACAAUCAGAUGUUGCCUUUGUUCGCAUUAUCUGGGUUGAUGUUUCUGGGCAGCACCGGUGUCGUGCUGUUCCAAGAAAGCGUUUCCAUGAUGUUGUUGUAAAGAAUGGUCUAGGCCUAACUGUCGCUUGUAUGGCUAUGAGUUCAGCUACUGAUUGUCCUGCAGAUGAGACUAAUCUGACUGGUGUGGGUGAGAUCAGGCUAAUACCUGAUUUAUCAACGAAGUGUAUAAUUCCUUGGGCAAAACAAGAAGAAAUGGUUUUGGGUGACAUGCAUCUUAAACCUGGUGAAGCUUGGGAAUAUUGCCCAAGAGAGGCAUUGCGUAGAGUUUCAAAAAUUUUGAAUGAUGAAUUUAACUUGGUGAUGUAUGCAGGUUUUGAAAGUGAGUUUUAUCUCUUGAAGAGUGCGUUAAGGGAGGGGAAAGAAGAAUGGUUUUCAUUUGAUAUGACGCCCUACUGUUCUGCAUCUGCAUUUGAUGCUGCUUCCCCUGUACUUCAUGAAGUUGUAGCUGCUCUACAGUCCUUGAAUAUUGCAGUUGAACAGUUGCAUUCAGAAGCAGGGAAAGGUCAGUUUGAAUUGGCAUUGGGAUACACUCUUUGUUCUAAUGCUGCAGACAACUUGAUUUUCACUCGUGAAGUUGUUAGGUCUGUUGCAAGGAAACAUGGGUUGCUGGCAACUUUCAUGCCAAAGUAUGCAUUAGAUGAUGUUGGUUCUGGAUCUCAUGUGCAUCUCAGUUUGUGGGAAAAUGGGAAAAAUGUAUUUAUGGCAUCUGGUGGACACUCUAAGCAUGGAAUGUCCAAGGUUGGAGAAGAGUUCAUGGCAGGGGUUUUAAAUCAUCUUCCUUCAAUUCUGGCCUUUACGGCACCAAUUCCAAACAGUUAUGAUCGCAUAGUGCCCAAUAUGUGGAGUGGAGCAUACCAGUGCUGGGGAAAAGAGAACAGAGAAGCACCCUUGAGAACCGCAUGCCCACCUGGGGUUCCAAAUGGUGUUGUGAGCAACUUUGAGAUUAAAGCAUUUGAUGGGUGUGCAAAUCCACACUUGGGGCUGGCUGCUAUAAUUGCUGCUGGGAUUGAUGGCCUUCGUAGACAUCUGAGUCUGCCCGAACCCAUUGAUACAAACCCUCAUAGCCUUGGCACAGAAAUUAAACGAUUGCCAGAGUCUCUUUCAGAAUCUGUAGAAGCUCUUGACAAAGACGGUAUCUUUAAAGAUCUGAUAGGUGAAAAGCUUUUGGUCGCUAUAAGAGGAAUUCGCAAGGCGGAGAUUGCAUUCUACUCGGAAAACAAAGAUGCAUACAAGCAACUUAUACAUCGCUAUUGAGAGUAAGAGACGUGAUGAUUCCUUUUUGUGUACUAUUGCUUUUUGAAGAUGUGAUAAUGGUUAUAGCCACAAAGGGAUUAGUUAAAGUAACGGAAAUAAUAACAGCAGGUACGCAUGUCGCAACCUGUGGAGUAUGUUGUUGUUGUUCUUAUAUUACUGGCUACUGUUUUUGAUUUCUUUGGUCCUUUCUCUUUCAAUAAUGUCAGUCCGAGUGUUAUAUUUUGUACACUUCUUUUUCCAGCAGCAAAAAUAAUAAAGUUCAUGGUGGCUAUAAGCUUUUUUCAUUCU